AUGUAUUUGCUUUCUGUUGUUACUAGUUUCUCGCUCAGCAAUGAAACUAAAUUCUUGAACUUCACAUCGCUUCUACCGAAUGUUAUUGAAGUAGUAGAUCCGUCAUCAUCCAUCGUUGCCGCAGCACCAACAAGUCGUAGUCUUGCCAGCGGUACUGCUAACACUAACAUUGUAACACUGUUUAAAUACAAUGGUAGUCAAAUAUAUGUGUAUAGUUCUGUAUCGAAUGAAGGUGAAACACCACAGAAAUGGAUCUUCUACUAUGUACCGGUGAUGGCACCUCAACGAAGUUCACCGACUGAUCCAUGGGUUUGGUCAACGAAAAAUGAAGUACGUAUUAAACUGCUAUUAGGUGAUGAUGUAGUUGAUGAAAUGGCGCGAGAAGCUAUUAGAAAAAAAUAUGAUAUGAAAACUGCCGAGUAUGCAAAAUAUUGGGAUGUUGCACCCUUAAUGAUCGACUCACUCACAGCUUAUAUCGUGCAAGGAAGUAAAUCACCGAUUGCUGGUGUAGAACUGUUUCAUGCAAUUCAUCCGAAUUCCCAUGUCGACAUGGGUUCGCUCAUCAUGAUUUUUCGAUUCAAAUGUUCAACAGAGGAAAAUGCUCGGCAGAUUGCUGAAAUGAUUGAAAGCGGUGAAUAUGAAAUUGAAAUCGCCUUCUACUUUGCUGGCUUCCGUCAGACAUCUACUAGUUUUGUAUCAAUUACCGGUGAUCAACUGAAAGCAGCAGCGAGUAAGACAACAGCUGAUGGUGAAAAUCCAAACGCUCAGUACAUACAUCGUGAUCGAGCAUCUAAAUUUAUUGGAAAAUAUACGAUGAAUAUUAAGAAAUUAGUCUAUUCGGAGAGUCCAGAAGCCAACACACAAGCACUGUCAGAUGGUCUCGAAGCACAAUUUCUGUCAUUACUACAACAAGCUAUGCAAGAUGCGACUAUGGAAAAACUAAAAUCUGAUGCACUUCAACAAGUUUGGUCACCAUCGGAUCUGGAUCCAGAUGUAUUAGAAGCUGAAAUAACUAAAAUGUUUUCGUAUAACCAAUCAGAAACGGAACGUCAUAAUGAUAGUAAAAUGUAUUUCAAUGGCAAUGUGGAAGAAAUGAAACAAUCAGCUGCAAAAGGAAGUGGUAGUCUCUCAGGUAGUAUUGGUAAAGGUUUCUUGAAAAUUUUCAGUCUCGGUUUGAGUGGUAGUGGUGAAACAGCAACUACAACUUCGUCAAAAAAUCAUACAAUUACAGAUCAAGUUAUGUCAGAAACUGAUAUACAGAAACAUCUGUCACAUCAUGCAAUGGAAACUGAAUGGCGAGGGAAAAGUUGA